AUGUCAUCAUCUACAUCUACAAUAUCUAGUGGAUGGCCAAGGUUUGCGGUUGUGAAAUCAGAUUUCAAGAAAACCUACUUGAGACAUAUAACUAAGGAAGAGAGCACAGCAAAGGGAGUGCCACCGACGUCUCUCCUUUCCGAUGGGAACGACAUUACGAGCCCUAAUGUGAAAUUCGAAUUAAUAAGCGCCAAGAAAAAUCCAAAAUGGGUGCACAUAAGGUGCUCCCACAACAACAAAUUCUUGACCAUGCAAGUGGACAAGAAUAAUGUUGAUAACCCGUGGGUCAUCCUUGCGUCCUCUGGCGAACCCAUAGAAAAAGAUUCGCCAGAACAACCAGGUACUUGGUUCCAAGUAACUAAGGAUGGUGAUACUAGUUUCAAAUUUACACAUGUUGCGUCUCAGCGUUGCGCUGCAUUCUACCGUGAAAGCUUGUACGCGGUUUUGGGCAUUCCAGUAGAUGGUGAUGCUAAAAUGACGAAGUUUGAUAUCUUGGAUUGGCAAUCCCUUGUUCUAUUUCCCAAAACCCCAACUGUCGCCUUCCUUGGUCCCAACAACAAAUAUCUCACCCCCUAUGGUGACGAUAGUGUUAUGUUGUUCAACUCGGUUGACAUUACAGAUGUGGGUGUAGCGCAUCAGAUCUUUGUCGUCGGUGAUGGUUAUAUCUGUGUGAAGAACGUUUCCACUGGAACGUUCUGGACGCUUAGCUACAAAAACUGGAUAUAUGCUAUUGUCCAUGACCUCAAGGAUGCUACACUUUUUUGGCCCGUCAAAGUCGCUGACAACACCGUGGCCCUUCUCUAUAAAGAUCCUGUAAGUACCAAGGAUAGAUACACUCAGAUUUUUAGUGAUGAUAACUAUGAGGAUGGUCUUAAUGCCAAUAGUACCAAAAUUACUUCUGUUGCAAAGUUGGUAGUGGUGGAGACCGCCGGGUCUAGGAGUAUCUAUGGAAUCGAUUUUCGGCCAGACGAGGGCAGGAUCUACAAUGUCCAAGCUCUCGAGAAGGCCCAUGCAUCAGCAGAAAACUAUGACGAGAAAGAUGACAACACUCUAAACCUCACGUUUUCCUACAAGACUUCAAGAGCUACUACUUACAGUGCUAGCGGUUCCUUCAAGAUAGGUGUUCAUACAUCUAUAGAAGUUUCAGAAGUACCACUAGUUGCGAAAGAGACUAUUGGAUUUUCAUACGAGUUUACCACGACUAUUGGAUGGGCAUCCACUAAGACAGUCGAAACUGCAACGGAGUCUACUUACACGGUUAAAGUGCCUUCUAAGACUAGAACCACGGUUACUCUUAUAGCGACGCAAGGAAUGUGUGAUGUUCCUUUCUCUUAUACUCAGCGCGAUGUUUUACAUGACGGAAGUGUUAUCAUCCACAAGCUAAAUGACGGCAUUUUCACGGGUUUGAAUACUUUUAACAUGGAUUUCAUAGCCCUAGAGGAAAAGCUACCAACAAAUAAAGAUGAUAAUAAUCCAUCAUCAUCAGUUAAAAAUUGCAUAACUAAAUAUUGA